GGGACUAUGGGCCACCAUAAUGAUAUAUAAGACGCCAACAUUCUCUGGCAGCCUUACUCUCAGCGGCCAAACAUCCCUGCCCUGCAAACGUUUGCUCAGUCAACAACAAGAAAUGGAGCGCAUGAUGAAAAAACGUAACGCUAAACUUCUGUAUGCCCCUACUGUUUACGGCGGGGCAGGUGGUCGUGGAGUCCAGAUCUCUACGUCCACCUCUGGCUCACUGGUUUCCUCUAGAUACAACGACGGGCAUGACUACCAGUCCUCAGGGUUUAUUUAUGGGACGCUGGCCAUCAAGGAUGAAAAAUUUGCCCUGAAGCAACUGAAUGACCGCUUAGCCAACUACAUGGAAACUGUGAGGAGUCUAGAGAAGGCCAACAGCCAGCUGGAUAUCAAAAUCAGAGAAGCCAUUGGGAAAAGAGGCCCACUGGAGGGGCGGGAGUACAGCAAAUAUCAUACUAUCAUUUCAGAUCUCAAAGCAAAGAUAAUACAUGGGAUUAAGGAUAACAUGCAAAUUGCUAUCACCCUUGACAAUGCCCGAUUGGCCUCAGAUGACUUUAGGAUCAAAAUGGACUACGAGAUAGCCAUGCGUCAGACAGUGGAGGCUGAUGUUGCAAUCUUUCGAAAGCAUCUGGAUGACACCAAUGUAAUUCGUCUGCACUUGGAGAGUGACGUUGAAUCCCUGAAGGAAGAGUUAAUAAGCCUUAGGAAGACCCACGAAAUUGACAUUGCUGAAUUGCGUGCCAAGACCACUCAGGUUGGUGUCCGCGUGGAUGUUGAUGCUCCCAAGGGCCAGAAUUUAGCUGGGAUUAUGGAGGACAUGAGGGCAAAGUAUGAAAAGAUCAUACAGAAGAAUGCUGAGGAGGUCAAACUAUGGCAUGAGUCCAAGAUCAGAGAGGUGCAGGUCCAAGUAACUGAGCAGAGCACAGCACUGAGAGAAUCAGCAAAGCAGCUGGCUGAAAUAAACAAGAGGUAUCAGCAAUUGGAAAUUGAACGGCACUCGGCACUGAGCCUGACUGAGACGCUAAAGGCAACACUCCUAGACACUGAAAUGCGCUACAACAAGGAGAUAACUAAGUACAAUGAGAUCAUUCUGAGGCUGACAGAAGAGCUCAGGCAGAUCCGCGCUGAGAUCCAAGAACUUACAAGAAAUUACGAACACCUCUUCAACAUCAAGGUCAAACUAGAGGCCGAGAUUGCAGAAUACAGGCGUCUGCUUGAAGGAGAGAAUACCAUCAAGCUUGAAGAUGCCCUUAAGAAGACAGUCGAGACCAAGGUGGUGACAGUCACUCAGACUCUAGUGGAUGGCAAAGUGGUGUCAGAGAGUAAAGAUGUGAAAUCCGGUGUAGUGGUGGAGCCCUAAAAACUGAACGAGUAAACAAAAUUACACCUAUAUUAAGAAGCACUAUCAUGCCUAUGCACAAUUUGGCUUUGAUUGUAAGCAACUAAACAUUUGCAAAGAGAUUUAUGUCAAGUCUGACCAACACUUAUUAAUCUUGAAUUUGUGGGUCCCCAUACGCCAUGCCAUUGCAUCUUCUAUCCGACAUGCAUUAAUUCAUGUGGAACAUAAGAAAACAGCCGCAGAGGUUUCCUGGCGGACUUCCAGACACCAUCCGGCAGAAUAAUAAAAUGUUAGAAUUGAGUGGAGGAAAUUCUUUCUGCUUCUGAGAAAUGUACACUCUGACCUGCAGUCUUUCAGACACGUCCCAUUGUGGGCAGAAGGCCAUAUUCCCAUGCCUUGU